GUAUCAGCUGUAACUAUAACUCUUUGUGUAGGAUAAUACAACAAGGAAGUACAAGAACGACAGGGCUGAUGGCGGAGUACACGGCGGUGAAGUUACUCGGAAAGGGAGGGUUUGGUGUCGUGUAUCUCAUCAAGGACAAGAAGUCUGAUGAAGUGCUUGCAUUGAAGACUGUGGACCUAGACAAGGCCAGCGAUGACGAGAAGGCAUUUGCCGAGAAAGAGGCUAAGCUAAUGAGAGGUCUCGAACACAGUCACGUGGUGCAGUAUGUGGACUCGUACUUUAAAGGGACUACACUUUUAAUCUUCGCGGAAUUCUGCGAUGGUGGGGAUCUACAGCAGUUUCUCAACGACUCUGUCUCCAGGAUACCCGAGGACCUGGUCGUGUGUUGGAUGACGCAGGUCCUGUCUGCCCUUGAGUAUUUGCAUGCCAGAAAUAUUCUACAUCGGGAUCUGAAGCCUCAGAAUAUUUUCCUGACAAGACAGGCUCAUGCUAAACUCGGGGAUCUUGGCAUCGCUCGGGUGUUGGCUCAGCCAGCGGACAUGGCCUCCACUUUGAUAGGAACUCCAUGUUACAUGAGCCCCGAGAUCUUGCUGCAGGAAGGCUAUAAUCAAAAGGCCGACAUAUGGAGCUUGGGCUGUGUUCUGUUUGAAAUCACGUCCGGGAGGAGAGCGAUUGAUGAGGUAUCUCCUCAUCUCCUCGUCUUCAAGGUGUUGACAGUUGGCAUUCCUCCCAUCGACAAGUUGUACAGCAAGAAUCUGAGAAUUGCGGGUUCAAAAAUGGUUGACAAAAGUCAGGAGAAGAGGCCAAGUACAUCCGAGCUCCUUAGCUCCAGUCCUUUCAGCGACUUCAUCAAAAAACCCAAAGAACCCCUCUCUAUCAUGAAGGAAACGGUUUUCGUGACCAAAUGGGGGACAGACCAGUCAGUGUCAAAUAUACAAAAGUUGAUUGAAGGUUUAUUCCUGGUUAUUUCUCCAUUGGGGAAAAUUAUCAUAUCCAAAGAUUCCUUGGCGCAUUACCGGAAGCGGAAACAGAAAGGAAGCCAUGUUCAACCCUGUGCAGUAGACGCGGUUGCUUCUUCGGCGGUAUCACCACCACCUCCGGUGGCUGUCAAUCAAGACAAAUGGGACAAUUACCACGUGAAGAUGCCGUGCUCUCCACGCAAUGAAUAUUUUGACGACGACAAGGGAGGUUCGUCAUCAUUCAGCAGACGAUGGGAUUUGAUACACGAAACAUUAAACAAGUCCUUCGCAGACAUAGAUGAUCUUGAGAAAGCCAUCAACAUCAUCAACAAGGCAAAUGCUGUGAGAUCGAGGUUUACGUCACUCAGACACUAUUUGACAGAUUGUAAUACUGAAAAAGAUCUUGAAGAAUUUCUGACCACGACAUUGCCGAACAUUAGAGAUCUAGCGUUGGCGCUUCCUACUCUCUUCCACGAGCCAAUACCCUUGUUAAAACAAGGGAGUAAGAAGAGCAUCACCUUGACUCAGCAUCAAGUUGCCUGUCUAUUGGCUAAUGCCUUCUUCUGUACAUUUCCACGGAGGAACUCCCAAGAACCACAGAAGGAAUUUUGCAAUUACCCAGACAUUAACUUCAACGGACUGUUCCAAGAUCAAAGCAAACGGAGCGAUGAGAAAAUUAGAUGCAUCCUGCACUACUUCAUGCGAGUCACACAGCAAAUGCCUCAGGGCAAAGUGACAUAUCGACGUCAAGUGAUUGACAGGUUCCCGAAGUGGGAGGAGCUACAGACAGGACUGUCUAAACUGACCUCGUCAUCAGACGGCACUAUAGAGGACAGCGGGCAAGGAAUGCUUCAGGUUCUGUUUGCCAAUAACCACAUCGGGGGUUCGUUAUAUGAAUCCUUUGUGGGCCAGCAACAGGCUCGACUCUUCAUGUGCCCCGAGAUGAUCAUUGCCCGUCUCUUCACUGAAUCCCUGGGGGAGGACGAGUGUCUCUUUAUGACAGGCUGCGAGGUAUUCAGUAUGUGCGCUGGUUUGGGGGACACAUUCACGUGGCUUGGAGAUCGACAAGACAUGACGACAAGAGACGAGGACGGACAUCGUCAGACUCAAAUCGUAGCUAUUGACCCUCUCCACAUCAAGAACUACAAAGCCCAGUUCCAGAAGGACUGUUUGAUUCGGGAGCUCAAUAAGGCCUAUACUGGAUUCUUUAAUGGCGAUGUCCCCCCUGCCCAACUGCCGUGGGUGGUGACGGGCAACUGGGGAUGCGGGGCAUCAGGAGGAGACAAAAGACUGAAAGCUUUGAUACAAAUGCUAGCAGCAUCAGCAGCACAGAGACACUUGUCAUUCAUGACAGCAGGGGACGAUGAAUUCAGAGGCAAGCUGUUGGAGAUACACAGAUAUCUGUCGGACCGUGACUUCACUGUUGGACAAAUUGUUCAACUCAUCAACGGCUAUCACCAAGAGAUCAUCCACCAGAAAAGAUUUGGGCCAAGAACAAAUGUGUUUCAGUUCAUUAUGUCUUCUAAGGACUAGUUAUAUAGCAGUGGAUUCCAUAAUGAAGGCCUUUGAAGGCCUCCUGUAAGGCCUUGUCUGGACUGAUGAAUAUUCACACGGGUGUUCCAUGAAGGCUCGUGCCUGCUGCUGAAGAUGUCCACGCGGGUGUUUUUUUGGACAGAUGAUGUUCACACUAGGACCACACCCGCAAAGUGUUUCUCAUCAAUUCCCGAUUUUUGAAAUAGCAAGGUUAAAAUAGUUCGUUGUUCUUUUUUUAUGGCCACAUUAAUGUGUACACGGUCUCAUUUUCAAACAGCAAAUGGAAGAAGACACCAGAUAAGACUAAAUGAAGAGACAUUGUUUAAUUCCAACAAGGAACGGGUGGAAUAUAAUGUUUUCAUCCUGGCGAUCACACAGUAAGGGAAAGAUAACUCUUAUUGAAGACUCUAAUUUAAAAUGCGGAAACCGGGAAAAAACGCAUCGACCAGCUGGGUUCAACAUGACCCGGACGGAGAUGAGAAACAUUUUGUUUGUUUUGUGUUAGUUUUGGUCUUACGCCUUGUAAUUGGAAUUUACAGCUGGGGCGUUUUAAUCAGGCUCCGUGCCUUUUCACAAUGACAGAUGUCUAAAGGAGUCAAACCUAUUAACAGGCAAUAUGGGACCCAUUCAGCGUUGAUAUUAUUAAAGUUCUGAUAAAAUGUCA